UUCAGAAAUAAAUCACACAAACCCAGCCAAAAAACCUUAGCACUGUAAGCCUACACCACCGCUGCAAGGAGUGGCAUACUGCCGCCGUCCGUCGCACUCAAAGUUCGCCAUCUGUCCGUCUAUCUAGCUUUCCUCGUGCUCCAGUCUUCAACCCCUGUUCGCUGUCACCGAUCGCGGCUGCUUCCUCGAGCUCGGCGUCCGUCGUCUUUGUCUGCUCAGCCGCGCUUCCGUCGCCGUUUGUUUGCCGUUCACGUUCGCGUCUUUGUUCAGCUGUUGUCUUCGUUCGCGUUCUUCACCGUUCACGUUCGCUGGGCGUUCACUCGCCGUUCACCGUUCGAGUUCGCAUUCGCGUUCGUCUGGAAGCCACUUUGCACUGCUUCAAACUCUGCGACCAACCCGCGCGCUCCACCUAGCCGUUGAACUGCUCUCUUUUGUCGCCGCCUCUCGUCAAUUUCCAUUGGAAAGAACAAACUGUGGAGUUGGAAACCCUCACUGGCAACUACCAUCCCAAUCCAAACCAUGUUGGGUCUCCGCAAUGCCACGAAUGUUGUUCUCCGCCUUCGUCAAAGCCUUUCCGUUUGGGGCGUGCGUGCACAAAAUAUAAACAUUGGAGGUGGUGUUGGAGGUGAAAUCCCUGACCAGAAGCGCCUCCAAUAUGCUCUUCAGCAUAUCCAUGGCAUUGGGCGUUCCAAGGCUCAUCACAUUGUCUGCGAGCUCGGUGUCGAAAACAAAUAUGUUAGAGACCUUAGCAAGAGAGAGUUUUACUCCCUUCGCGAAUUGCUUUCCAAGUACUUGAUUGGGAAUGAUUUGAAAAAAUGUGUUGAAAGAGAUGUGGGGAGGUUGGUGGGCAUUCAGUGCUACAGAGGCAUCAGGCAUGUCGAUGGCUUACCCUGUCGAGGCCAGCGAACUCAUACCAAUGCCCGCACCAGGAAGAGCAGGCCUACUUGGAGGGGAACAAGAUGAAGAUGAAUAUUGGAUGAAUAUUGCUGCUUGUGAUCAAUCAACAGAUGAGUUGUGUUUUAGUCUUUUAGCUCCGCUAUAAAAGCUAAUUGAAUAAGUUCUUGUUUUUAUGGCAGUUGAUUAGUAAUAGUUUAUUGUCUUUAAGUUGGUACUGUCAAUCAUUUGUGCUGAUUGCAUAGGUGUUUUUUUUCUGUUUCCCUAUUUGCUUGAAGAACUAUGAAUCAUCUUGAAGUGGAAUUUGAGUUCCUACCAAUUUAUGAAGGUUCAACUUAGAACUUCUUUUGUGUCUGUAGUUCCAAAUAUUCCAGUUUAUUGAUUGAGUGCAAUUCUAUUUUUUCAUAUUCUUCCUAUA